UGUAAAUCAUUUUAAAACCAGAAACUGAAUUUUGUUAAAAUAAACGUAGUAGCUUUUCUACUUGAAAAACUAUGCGCGUGUGCCCGUGUACGUGUGCGUGUGUGUGAGUGAAAUUCCAACAAUGCGCAGGGAGCGAGCUGGCUGAAAUUUCUUUAUGCAAAGCGUACGCAACAAAAAAGAAGCCACCGAUAAAGCAGCACAGCCAGGGAAAAAAUUAUCUGUGCGUGUGUUUGUGUGUAUGUGUCGGCAGCUAUAAAAAACUUAAUCGCAAAGUCUAAAGUUCAGCAGACAUAUCAUCCAACUGAUUGGCAUGCCGUAGCUGCAGUAGCCGAAGCCGAAGCAGCAGCAGCAGCAGCAUUAGCAGCCCCUUAAUGGAUCCAUAUCAUCAUAUCAGACAUCAUUAUCCACCCACUAGCACAGCCAGCUCAACGGUUGUUGGCAGCGGCACCACCGGCUCAAUCAAUCGACCAGAAUUGCAUCAAAAAUGCAAUCGUGGCUCGCAUUCAAGUGACACAAGUUCAGCGUACAGCGGCAGCGAUACAAUGGCCUCUGUCUAUGGAUCAUCGUUGGAGGCCGAGGAGAUUGAUCUCUCCGGCCUCGUUGAGUCUGUGGUGGACUCCGAUGAGGAAGAUCUUGCCGAAAGCAUGGAUAGCCUUAAUGUCCGAGAUGCCGUACGUGAUUGUCUAGAGAAGGAUCCAUCGGAGCGCAGCGAGGACGAUGUGGAAAUACUGCUGGAGUUCACGCAGGGCCUUAAGGCAUUCACAAAUAUAACGCUAGCGGUGCGACGCGCCCUCUGCUCCGUGAUGGUGUUCGCCGUGGUGGACAAGGCCGGCACAGUGGUCAUGUCUGACGGCGAGGAGCUUGACUCCUGGUCGGUGCUAAUCAAUGGCGCCGUCGAAAUCGAGCAUGCGAACGGCACACGCGAGGAACUGCAAAUGGGCGAUUCGUUUGGCAUUCUGCCCACCAUGGACAAGUUGUACCAUCGCGGCGUGAUGCGCACCAAAUGCGACGAUUGUCAAUUUGUGUGCAUUACGCAAACCGAUUACUAUCGCAUACAGCAUCAGGGCGAGGAGAAUACGCGUCGGCAUGAGGAUGAACAGGGACGCAUUGUAAUGGUCACCGAAUUGCGAUCGAUUGGAGGCAGCGGUGCAGAGAGCGCCACUACAACGGGCAGUGGCUCUGCGGCUACAGCAAAUUUGAAUACAAAACGUGGCCAUGUGGUCAUAAGAGGCACACCCGAGCGGCUGUUGCAGCAGCUUGUCGAGGAGAACUCGAUGACAGAUCCAACGUAUGUGGAAGACUUUCUGCUAACGCAUCGCAUAUUCAUACAUAAUCCACAAGAGGUGACUCAAAAGCUGUUGCAUUGGUUCGAUCUAGAGCAGCUGGACACGCACAAAACGCAAGAGUUACGAGACCGUGUCACGCGUGUCGUGCUGCUGUGGGUGAAUAACCAUUUUACAGACUUCGAGGCUGACCACGAGAUGAUGGAGUUCCUGGAGAUCUUUGAGGCUGGCCUGGAAAGUAAAAAGCUGCUAAGUCAGCUGCGCCUACUGCACAUCGCGUGUGCCGCCAAAGCACGCAUGCGCAGCUGCAUUUUAACGCGUUCCUCACGCGACGAACCACUAAAUUUCCAAAUUAUCGGCGGCUAUGAGCUGCGCGGUGUUGCCGCAGCAACGGGCAAUGCCUCGGUUGGCAUUUACAUAUCGCACGUGGAGCCAGGAUCAAAGGCUCAGGAUGUGGGCCUAAAGCGUGGCGAUCAAAUACAUGAAGUUAAUGGCCAAUCGCUGGAUCAUGUGACCAGCAAGCGUGCACUGGAGCUGCUAACGGGCACCACGCAUUUGAGCAUUCAGGUGAAAAGCAAUUUGCUGGGCUUCAAGGAGAUUAUGCAAGCACUGGAGCAUGGCAGCGGCAGCAACUCGGCGGGCGGCGGCGGCAUCAGCAGCAGCGGCAAUGGCAGCUUCAAGAGCUUGCGCAGUCCGCGUCGCAUUUGCGCCAAUGAUAUUGCCAAACUGCAUGGACGCAGCGACAGCACCACCGAAGAGCUAACAAAUCGUGCGCAUAUGGUGCGAUUGAGUUCCGUAGACAUGUUGCUCGAUCAGCCAGACUGUGCGCCGCCUCAAACGCCGCCAGUGAGCGCCGGCAGCGGCAACAUGGCUGCCAAUUUUAUGCAACAGUUGCUGCAAAGCGUCAACUCGAAUUCGGCUAAGAAGUGCAGCGCAGAGGAUAGCAAACCAGGAGGCUUUAUGACGCUGGCGCCGAAGCGCCGACUCCAGAAAGCCUUGGCCAAAAUGAAUCUACUCAAGCAGCAGCAGCAACAGCCGCACGUGGGCAGCCUCAAUGAUAGCUCCGAUACGCUGCUCAAUGAGCCGCAAUCGAAGGCAAAGCUAUCGGCUGCCAGUUCUGGCAGCAGCAGCUGCAAUUCCACGAAUGGCGGCUGCACUGCCACCACUGCCGGACGUCUGUAUCAAUCGCAAUCGAAUCCGGAUCUAAGCAGUCUCAACUAUGACAACAACAUUGAGUCGUGUGCCACGCUGCAAGUCAACUACUUGCAGGCUCAUAUACAUCGUCCCUCCGCCGCCAGCACACUGACGAGCAGCUCCAUGCUGCCGCCUGACUAUCCGGAGCAUGUGCUCAAAGUCUAUAAGUCGGAUCAGACAUGCAAGUACGUGCUCAUCUAUAAGGAGACGACGGCUCAUGAGGUGGUCAUGCUGACGCUGCAAGAAUUCGGCAUACACGAUCCCAGCUCCAAUUUCUCGCUGUGUGAGGUGAGCGUCGGCGAGGGCGGCAUGGUGAAGCAGCGUCGUUUGCCCGACCAGCUGCAAAAUCUGGCGGAGCGCAUCAGCUUUGCGGCACGCUAUUAUCUCAAGCUCAAUGACAGCACUGAGCCGCUCGUGCCGGACGAACUGGCCUUGGAGCUGGUGCGUGAGUCGGGCGUAUAUUUUCUACAACUAAAUGCCUACGAGCUGGCCAUACAGCUAACAUUGCAGGAUUUCGCGAACUUCCGGCAAAUCGAGUCUACGGAAUAUAUCGAUGAGCUGUUCGAACUGCAAUCCAAAUAUGGUGUGCCCAUGCUCAGUAAGUUCUCGGAGCUGGUCAAUCGCGAAAUGUUCUGGGUAGUCAGCGAAAUCUGCGCCGAGCACAAUAUCGUGCGCCGCAUGAAGAUCGUCAAGCAGUUCAUCAAGAUUGCGCGUCACUGCAAGGAGUGCCGCAAUUUCAACUCCAUGUUUGCCAUCAUAUCUGGGCUGGGCCAUGGCGCUGUGUCGCGCCUGCGCUUGACCUGGGAAAAGUUGCCCUCGAAGUAUCAGCGUUUGUUUAAUGAUCUACAGGAUCUGAUGGAUCCGUCGCGCAAUAUGUCCAAGUACAGGCAGCUUGUAUCGGCUGAGCUGCUCGCUCAGCAUCCCAUCAUACCAUUCUAUCCGAUUGUGAAAAAGGAUUUGACAUUCAUACAUCUGGGCAAUGACACCCGUGUGGAUGGUCUGAUUAACUUUGAGAAACUGCGCAUGCUUUCGAAGGAGGUGCGCCUGUUGACGCACAUGUGCAGUUCGCCGUACGACUUGCUGGCCAUAUUGGAGCUGAAGGGGCAGACGCCCUCCAAUGCGCUCUUCUCGCUCAAUCAAAUGUCUGCCUCGCAGAGCAAUGCAGCUGCCGGCACGGUGAUCGCUGCCAAUGCCGGCCAGGCUACGAUCAAGCGACGCAAGAAGUCAACCGCAGCACCGAAUCCCAAAAAAAUGUUCGAAGAGGCGCAAAUGGUGCGUCGAGUCAAAGCCUAUUUGAAUAGUCUCAAAAUACUGAGCGAUGAAGAUUUGCUGCACAAGCUUUCGCUGGAGUGUGAGCCGCCGCACGGCUCCACCUAUUCGGGCAGCAUAUCACAUGGCAACAGCUCGCAUCGCAGCGCAGGCAGCGGCAGCAUCAACGCCGGCAACACUGGCACCGGCAGCAUCAACGCCGGCGGUGAUCAGCUCAGCAUCUACUCGCACACCAGCUCCAGUUCGGCGCCAAAUUCAUCGCUGUCGCUGCGCAAGCGACAUCCCAGCUCGCCCACGCUCUCUACCACCAGCUCGACGAGCUCCACCAGCGAUCAUCAGCGUCGCCAGCAGCUGCACAACAAUGGACCCAAGUUUGGCACCGCCUCGCCGCAGGCAGUCAAGAAAAUGCUCUCGCUGUCAGAGUCCUCCAAAAUACGACCACAUCAGCCGUUCGUGCCGAGGCAUAACUCAGCGUUGCCUGGCGUCAUUCCGCCGCUGCAUCAUUUACAUGCCGCACAUGGCUUUAGCACGCCGGCCGGCUCGGGAGGCAGCGUUGUGGCAGCUGCUGCUGUUCCGGCGGGCGUGGCCAAUGCACAAUGUACGCCCAGUCCCAGUCCGUGUGCACACCGACGUUUGGCAUCUGGAGGCAACAUAAUGCCCACACGUGCGAUACACGAGCGUUCCCAUUCGGACACGCCCGCCCCACCACCGCCGUUGCCUUCGGUGGAUCUAUCGCUGGAGAGCAGCAGUGUGACGACAUUUCGUGAUUUACCGCUGCGCAAGUCCGUGACUUCCGGUUCAGUAUCAUCGUGUGACAGCGGCCAUGGCUCCUACGCCCAACAGCAGCAGCAGCCGCACCAUCAACAACACCACUUGGCAUACCAACAGCAACAACAGCAACAGCAACACAAUGAACCAUCGCCGCCCGUUUAUACGGCUGCCGAUUGCCGCCUACUGCAGCAAAUUUCUAACAAUGCCGUCACACGGAAUUUGAACAGUCCCUGUCAGAGCACGAGCACUCCACCUAGCACACCUACACCACCACCACCGACACUACAACAACAACAACAACAGCUACCCCAAUUGCAACCACAAUCAGUAUCCAUACAGCCACCACAGCUUCCUGCACCGCCAGCGCCCUAUAUACAUAUGCGCAGCCACCAGCAACUGCAGCAAAUCCAACAGCAAUUGGCCAUGCCACCACCACCACCGCCGGUCUACACCAGCAGCCUGUACAAUCAUCAUCAUAGCACUGCGACUAGCAGACACCUAAACCACAUGCAUGGUGGACCGCCAAAUUUUAUGGAUAGCACCAAGUGCACCAUAUGUCCCAUGCCACCAAUGAAUCAAUAAAUCAAACUGUGCUGUUUUAACUACUAAAUGUUAAUUUAAUUAGUUCAUAUAUAUAUGCCAAAAUUUGUUAAAUGGUUGUGGUUUCCAUGUCACCAGCAACAAAAACACAUACAUACGUACAUACAUACAUACAUCAUAUGCACAUAUACAUACAUACAAAUAUGGCUCAACCGUGGACGAGCUGUUGCCCCAACAAACAGAAGGGUGCGCACACACACACAUUUACAUGUGCGUAUCUCACUUAUCAUGAACACACUUUUUCUAUCCCGUUAAUGUUCGAUAUCCCAUUGUCACGUAUUCUUAAAUUAAGCGCCUAAAGUUUAGUUAUGCUCUAUAUGUUUUAAGUGGCUUACGAUUAAUUUUAAUUUAGCACAAUUCUUUGUAAACAUUUUCCUCAAAAACAAAAAACAAAAAGGAAUUCGAAUAGGAAUCAUCCACAAAGUUGUUGCCUUCUCGCAUGCAUCAAAAGAAACGUCUGCAGGCAGACCAAUCCAGCAGACCUAAUCAAAAACAAAAACAAAACAUUUGCAAUCAAAAACUCUUUCGAAGACUUUCAGUCGGCAUUUAAAAACAAAGCAAAAAGAAACACAAUUUUUUGCCCAGCACAACAAUAAUUAUAAUAAUAAUGAAAAGGGGACGAGGCCGACUCAAUCUAUUGUAUUCCAUUUAUGUAUACCUUAGCUCAUACAUAUAUAUAUAUACAUACAAGUUAGUUUUAUCUAUACAUACACAUACGUAUACAUAUGCAAAAAUAAUGAUAAAAGAAAAAACCUUCGCUCCGAUUCCAAAUAUUUAGUUUGUAAGCCGAUAGAUUUUUUCGAAUAUUUUUCAAGCGUGGUAUUUACUAUAAUUUACUUAAAGUGUAAAAAACAAAUCCCAAGAACAAGAAAAGACAAACAAGAGAAGACAAGAUAAAUGAAAGUACAAGCAAAUCGAAACCAACCAGAAACAAGAACAAGAAAACUAAAACCUGAGACUUGAAAAAUCAACAAAUAUAAUAAUAAUAAUAAUAUUAACAAUUUUUUGUAAACAUAUUUCUCUCACACGUUAAGGACUCCAAUAUUUUUCCAUGUGUGUA